GCAAAAGAAAAUCAGAAGCUGAGCACUUAGGACAGCAAACUGUAUGAUCUAAUUGAAUGCAAGUAAAAAUCAUUUUCUUCUACAGUACUCAAGCAUUUAAAUGUUUUGGAACUGCAAUUCAUUUAACUUUAACAAUCCAACAUGCGAUAAUUCCACAUCUGAAUAUAUAAGCGAACUCAAGAGAAUAGGGGAAAUUAAAUCUUUGAAAACUGAAUCUUAGAAGCAGAACUGCAAACUUCUAUCAAAUUUUCAUCAUGACAGACUUUUUACGCUGCCCGAGUUGCAAUAUGACAUUUAGAUCUUCUUUGUUACUGGAAAAGCACAGAGAGAAAUUCUGUAUUGGUGGGGACAUUGGAAGAGUGAGAGAAACACAGACCCCUCAGGAAAUGGUUAACAAAUUGAAAAAAUCCAGGAGAAAUAACAGAGAGCAAAUGCAGCACCAUGAUAUCAAGCGAAUAAAUGAUCAUGAAGUUACAUUGUCAGAAUACAGGUUGGCUUCAAGAGAGAAGACUGAUGUAGACAAAAUGAAUGAAAAUGCUCGACUAGAACCAAAAGUUACUGAUAAUGAAACACAACUGCGUUAUCUUGCUGACUCUCAUAGCAAGCAAGUCAAUGACAUUAUGUCUCAGAAUAAAGUUUUGGAGAAACAGAGAGACGAUAUCGUGCAGAGACUGAAUGAGAUAUCUGCGCAAAGCAAGAAUACAGGCUACCUAGAGAAAAUGAUAAGACAUCUGAAUGCUCAGGAACAAAAGAAUGAACAACUCCUAACUACCAUGAAACAACAAAUAGACCUUUUACAAGCUGACUCAAUAAAAAGAGGAAUUAUAAGCAGGCACAGUGUAUCACCAGCCUCUCAAAAAGCAAUAAAAGGGCCACCUCUAUUUCAGCAGCCAUUCAUUCCAUUUUAUGGAGGAGGAAGCCUAUCAUCUGAAAUCAGUGCAUUGCGCAUGACUUACCUGCAAAAUGGCGGAAAUGAUCAAAUGAUCUUGGCACAUUUACAGGAUCUUCUGACUGAGGCACAACUAAUAGAGCAAAGAGAGAAACGUGGGCGAUUCAUUCGGAAGAAAAACAAAAAAGGAUAUGCAGCUCCAAAAUUCAAUCUAAAUGAAAAACUAAUUACACUUGAAAUUGAAAAUCAACAAUUGGAGGAUGAACUCUUCAAACUUCAGCUUCAAAGGCAAAAGAAUAACAGACUUCCUAAGACGACAAAUGGAGAGGUUAAGAAGACCCUCCAGUUCCCCAAAUUCAUGAAAGAGCACACCUAUAAAAACAUAAAUACCCUAAAUACGGAAUUAGAAGUCUUAAAGCAAGAAUUGGAAAUUCAGAGGCUAAAGCAUCGUAUAAAAACCUCUGGUACUCAGAGAGCCAAACCUCACCUGGACAAUCUCAUUCCAAUGGAAAUGAACAAAACUAAUCCCCCUGAACUUGCCAAACUAUUUUUGAAUUUCAGUCAUGGUCUUGAGCCAGCUCCAUAUGAUCCAAUUUCGGGCUUUGUGGUGUUUUAUGACUAUCUUCUUGGACUGGACCCAUCUUACCGAGUUAGCAGAUUAGCUGUGAGUCUUUGCAGUGGGGGACAAGAGAUGGGAAAUCCAUCAACCCUUCCUCCUGCAUAUUGUGAGGCUGCUAUAUCCCGAUUCCAGGACAACUACAAACAAAAUACAGCCAUUUUGGCUGCAAAGCAGGUUGUUCCCAGGGCACGUCCUUCUCCAAAUAUAUCUCUAAUUAUUGAAUUACAAGCAUCUGGUGGUUAUGAUCCUUAUGGACAAGAAGUCAGUCGUUUAAUUCCUCGAGGAUGGGUAAAGAUAGACCUUUUUGACUAUCAGAAUCGAGUUAUAAGUGGACAAUGGAAAGUUCCCAUUCGCAUCCUUCCUGUCAAACCAUCGCUAACUACUGGAGCGCUGAACGGAGUACCGCAGCUGGACAGUGCAGAGUUAUAUUUUCGCCUUGUAAAUGCGAGGGAUGCCGACAUACAGAGCUCUUACCCUAUUGACAUGAACAAUUUAGUAUUCUAUAAAUACCCUCCUCUGACAGCAGCAUAUUUCCACACAGAGGAAAUUACUCUUCCAUCACCCUACUACUCGUCCUCAUACCUUUUCCCGAACAUGCAACCCAUGUAUGGGGACAGUGUAGAUUCCCCGCCUUCAAGGGACAGGAUAAUGACGCAGUGACUUUGUUAAAAACUGCAGCUAAAAUGAUAAUGAUUUGACUGGUUAUUUGUGAAAAUGUUAUAUUUUUGUAUUUGAAAUAAAGGAAAUGUAUUUGUGA